CAGCAACAGGAUUGUGGACAAAGACUGGCAACAUGAGUAUUGCACGAUGGUCUCACACGGCAUCGAUGCUGGGCAAUGGAAAAGUCUUAGUUGCUGGUGGGUAUGACUACAAUGGCUUCUCGAAUAGUGCAGAACUCUACGACCAAGCAACAGGAAUAUGGACAAAGGCUGGCAAUAUGAGUGUUGCACGAAGCUAUCACGCGGCAUCGAUGCUGGGCAAUGGAAAAGUCUUAGUUGCUGGUGGACACAACAUCAAUGGCUAUUUGAAUAGUGCCGAACUCUACGAUCCAGCAACAGGAAUGUGGACAAAGGCUGGCAACAUGAAUAUUGCACGAUGGUUUCACACAGCAUCGAUGCUGGGCAAUGGAAAAGUCUUAGUUGCUGGUAGAUUUAACUACGAUGGCUACUCGAAUAGUGCAGAACUCUAUGACCCAGCAACAGGAGUGUGGACAACGACUGGCAACAUGAGUAUUGCACGAUUUUCUCAUACAGCAUCGAUGCUGGGCAAUGGAAAAGUCUUAGUUGCUGGUGGACAGAGCUACGAUGGCUACUCGAAUAGUGCCGAACUCUACGAUCCAGCAACAGGAGUGUGGACAAAGACUGGCAACAUGAGUUUUGCACGAUACUUGCACACAGCAUCGAUGCUGGGCAACGGAAGAGUCUUAGUUGCUGGUGGAUAUGGUUAUUUUGGCAAUUCCAACUAUGCAGAAUUAUAUACAUGA